AUGAUUUUUAGAUUCUUAUAAUUUGUAAUUUCUUUAUUUUUAAUAACUUAUUUAGAAAAUGUAGAAAUUAAAGGAAUAAUUAUUUAAAAAAUAAGAGGUAAUGAUAUCGUCUUAACAUUUUAUUUUUUUCUCUUUAACAUUAUUUUAUUAAUCUCUCUAUUAAAUAAAUUUAUUCUUAUUAUUCUGUUAAAAUAUUAAAUUUUACAUUUAUUUGUAAAAAUAUUGAUUUAAUAAGUAUCAAAUACGAAAAAGGAAAUUUUAAAUUAUAUUGAUCCUUAUAUUUAUGGCCAAUAUCAUAAUUACCAUAACUAGCCUUAAGAGCAAUAAUAUUAUUUAUAGUAGACUAAUCAAAGCACGGCAAUCUUAUAUUAGAAUUAACUACCAGUAUAUUCUUAGAAUCCACUUCCAAUAAUAAUAUAACCAUCUUAAUACAUGUAACAAUAUAAUAACCCAAAUUUUUCAUAAAGUAUGACUGAAAUACCUUAAUAAUAUUAUAAUUCAUAAUUUUCCAAAAUUGGAUAAUAAUCUAUGCAAAAAAUAGAUAAUUUAUUAACAGGAAUUUGA